AGUCUAAAAACCUUAAAGACACAGCACCACACAAACGAAGCCGCGUGGUGGAGCAAUACAGUUUGGAGGGCUCCUAUCUGGACCAUUGUCUUGAGCAAUCCGAAGAAGAGGAACGCACUGUCACUCGCAAUGCUGAAAUCUCUCCAGAACGAUCUUCUUCUUGAAGCUGAAAGCAAAGAUCUGAAAGUCAUUAUCAUUUCAGCUGAGGGCCCUGUGUUUUCUUCUGGACAUGAUUUAAAGGAACUAACAGAAGAACAAGGUCGUGAUUAUCACUCUGAAGUAUUUCAGACCUGUUCCGAGGUCAUGAUGCUGAUCCGGAACCACCCUGUCCCCAUCAUCGCCAUGGUUAAUGGCUUGGCCACAGCUGCUGGUUGCCAGCUGGUUGCCAGCUGCGACAUCGCCGUAGCAAGUGACAAGUCCUCUUUUGCCACUCCUGGAGUGAACAUCGGGCUCUUCUGCUCCACCCCUGGGGUGGCCCUGGGGAGAGCGGUGCCCAGAAAGGUUGCCCUGGAGAUGCUUUUCACUGGGGAACCCAUUUCGGCCCAGGAGGCCAUGCUGCAUGGGCUGCUUAGCAAAGUAGUGCCAGAGGAGCAGCUGGAAGAGGAGACCAUGAAAAUAGCAAAGAAGAUUGCCUCUGUAAGCCGCCCUGUGGUGUCUCUGGGCAAGGCCACCUUCUACAAGCAGCUGUACCAGGACCUUGGAACAGCCUACAGCCUCACCUCCAAGGUCAUGGUGGACAACCUGGCAAUGCAGGAUGGGCAGGAGGGAAUCAAGGCAUUCAUGCAGAAGAGAAAACCCACCUGGUCAUAGUGAACCCACAGUAACAGAGGAACGGAGGAGGGCUGGGCCUAGCAGGGGAGGGAGAAGCACUGAGGAAGCACCCUCAGGCCUCACCUCUGACUCCCACCCACCUCUGCUGCUUCCCCGCUGUAAGAGAAGACAGCACGCUUUUAGAACACUGGUAGUGGCUUCACAGCAUGCAGUUCGUAUGAACAGUCAUGAUUCCACGGGAAAGGACCAUCGGUGGAAGGUCAGGGAGCACCCGCGAGGGGCCAGCUGCAGCAGAAAGCCUUGAAUGACUUACUCUCACUGCACUUCAAAUGAGGGGCCCUUACGUACAAGGUGAUGAUCGGGUGGGGCACAAAGGAAGGAUGUCAGCCUGACCCUUACCAGGGAUGUCCUCUAAGACAGAGUCGAUCCUUGUCGCUCAUGACAGGUGAAACAUUUCAAAUCUCCACGAGGUGUUCACGCUGAAAACCUUGAUUCUACCGGGAAAUUAUCGAGCCUGGGGCUUUGGAAUAAUCUUAUGUGAUUUAAAUAAAUUAAAUAUGUACAGAGACUGGUCACUUUAUC